CUCAGUCGUGCACGUACAUAACUAGUCGGUUUCAAUGUUCGAGGUUAGGAAUGAGCUUCAUCUUAGAUUUUUUAAGAAAUGUUAUUCUCAGUAUGUUAGAAAUUAUAUGGUUCGGUAAAAAGAAAAUUUCCAACUCCUUGCAAGUUUUCAUAAGAAUCAAACCUGGUCAUAAACUUGCCAUUGAUUUGGAUCCAAAAUGGGACAUCAGAAAUGUCAAAGAGAUAGUCGCGCCGAAAAUGGGUAUUUCACCAGACGACAUAAGAAUUGUGUUCGCUGGAAAAGAACUUCACAAUUCCACAACAAUCGAGGAGUGUGACCUUGGUCAACAAAGUACUUUGUUUGUUUUGAAAACUCCAAAGAAAAGAAGUAAAAAUGAUAAUAUUUCUACUGAUAUUAUUGCGGAAUCAAUUUCAGAACUAGAAUUAGAUGACAGUGGUGGCAGUAAGCCUUUGAAUGAAACUCUUCAAGAUUUAUCAUUGGAUGAAUCCAAUUACAGUGAAUCAAAAGAGGAAAAAGAGUCAAAAAAAGCUCAUUUUUAUGUAUAUUGUUCAUAUCCUUGUAAAUCUGUACAAAAUGGAAAGUUACGGGUGCGUUGCUCCGACUGUGGCGAUGGAGCUGUUACAGUUGACAGAGAUCCACAAAGUUGGCCAGAUGUUUUAUUACCUCAAAGAAUAACUGUUCAUUGUGAAAAUGAACUUUGCCCUAUCAGAGUUGAUUCUCAAGGAGAUACAGAAGCGCAAGUUCAUUAUGCUCAAUUUUUUUUUAAAUGCUCAAAUCAUCCAAGUUUAGGAGAAAAAGAUGAAGCUGUACCAUUGUACUUGAUCAAACCUAAUCUCGCUAAAAUUCCUUGUUUAGCAUGUACAGAUAUUAGGGAGACUGUUAUAGUAUUUCCGUGUGAAUCUGAACAUGUUGCUUGUUUAGAUUGUUUUUGUGAUUACUGUAGAGUACGUUUGCAAGAAAGACAAUUCGUUUUUGAUGAAGAAACAGGUUACUAUACUCUCAGUUGCCCAGCAGGUUGUUCAAAUUCUUAUAUUCGCGAAAUUCAUCACUUUCAUCUUUUAUCUUCAACACUAUAUGAACGCUACCAAAAAUUUGGCACUGAAGAAUAUGUAUUGAAAAAUGGUGGUUUAUUAUGCCCUCAACCAGAUUGUGGUAUGGGAAUAAUUCCUCCUUCAACAGAAAAUGGUGCCUCUGAGGAAGAAUGUAGAAAAAUCCAAUGUAUAGGUGGUUGUGGAUACGUGUUUUGCCGAAAAUGUUUGCAAGGUUUUCACGUCGGCGAUUGUGAAAACCAGCCUACAGCUACCACCUCUAGCUCUGGUCGAGGUUCCUACGUUGUCGACCCUUUAAAAACCAAAGAUGCCAAAUGGGACGAAGCAAGCAAGAAAACGAUCAAGAUAUCGACGAAGCCCUGUCCCAAGUGUCGCACCCCGACCGAGCGAGAUGGUGGAUGUAUGCACAUGUUAUGUACGCGAGCUGGCUGUGGCUUCCAAUGGUGCUGGGUAUGCCAGGCGCCUUGGACGAGGGACUGCAUGGGUAAUCAUUGGUUUGGAUGAUCGACUCAGCGCUGCUCCGUCUUGUUAUACACGCGUUAUAUUUUGUAUACAUCUAUGAUUUACCAUUGUACUUUUUUGCUAUGAGAUAUACGUAA